UUUUCGGGAGGGACCGGAAAAGAGGUGGGAUCGUUUGUCGCGAUGUGGGGUGGCCGUAAGCUGGGCUCCUCCGGGGGUUGGUUUUUAAGAGUGCUGGGGCCUGGAGGCUGGAAUACAAAAGCUGCGCGUCGCUUAAUUUCCUCGGCGGUUUAUGUGAAGAACCAGCUCAGUUGGACUCUACAGAUUAAACCAGGGAUUUUCAAUGAAUACAGAACCAUAUGGUUCAAAUCCUACAGGACUAUCUUUUCCUGUUUGAACAGAAUAAAGAGUUUCAGGUGGAGUUUCACUUCUGUUGCCCAGGCUGGAGUACAAUGGUGCGAUCUUGGCUCACUGCAACCUCCGCCUUCCGGGUUCAAGCGAUUCUCCUGCCUGAGCCUCCUGAGUCAUUGGGAUUACAGGUACCCUUGGGCGAGACUGUACAGUACUUCCCAAACCACUGUCGACAGCGGUGAGGUAAAAACCUUCUUGGCCCUGGCUCACAAAUGGUGGGAUGAACAAGGAGUAUAUGCACCUCUUCAUUCCAUGAAUGACCUGAGGGUGCCAUUUAUUAGGGACAAUCUUCUGAAAACAAUUCCUAAUCACCAGCCAGGAAAACCUUUGUUGGGGAUGAAGAUUCUUGACGUUGGCUGUGGUGGUGGGCUGUUAACUGAACCUCUAGGGCGGCUUGGGGCUUCAGUUAUUGGAAUCGACCCUGUGGAUGAGAACGUUAAAACAGCACAAUGCCAUAAAUCAUUUGAUCCAGUCCUGGAUAAGAGAAUAGAGUACAGAGUGUGUUCCCUGGAAGAGAUUGUGGAAGAGACUGCAGAAACAUUUGAUGCUGUUGUAGCUUCUGAAGUUGUAGAACAUGUGAUUGAUCUAGAAACAUUUUUACAGUGCUGCUGUCAAGUGUUAAAACCUGGUGGUUCUUUAUUCAUUACUACAAUCAACAAAACACAACUUUCCUAUGCCUUGGGAAUUGUUUUUUCAGAGCAAAUUGCAGGUAUUGUACCAAAAGGUACUCAUACAUGGGAGAAGUUUGUUUCACCUGAAACACUAGAGAGCAUUCUGGAAUCAAAUGGUCUGUCAGUUCAAACAGUGGUAGGAAUGCUCUAUAACCCCUUCUCAGGUUACUGGCAUUGGAGUGAAAAUACCAGCCUUAACUAUGCAGCUCAUGCUGUGAAAUCCAGGGUCCAGGAACACCCAACCUCUGCUGAGUUUGUUUUAAAGGGAGAAACAGAAGAGCUCCAAGCUAAUACCUGCACCAAUCCAGCUGUGCAUGAAGAGCUGAAGAAAUGAAUUGUUUCUGAGAACUAUAGUAAUAUGGCUUGGAUAUCUGAUGUUUUCAAAUACAAGAAAUGUACAAUUUAUCCUUUGAGAGAGAAUCAUGAAGAAAAGAAGGUCAAUAAAAAGGGCUAAAACCUUGGACAA